GGAGAGGAAAGUCACAGAGAGCGUCAGAGAAUGGAUUAUAAAAUUAAAUAAUUUUUUAGAGAAAGGUCUUUUAUUAGAAGUUCAAUUUUACAAAAAAACAGAAGACAGUUCUAUUAACAACCGAACGAUUAUCGAGCUUAAAGAACCAAAUUAUUUUUCUCGACAGGUAAAUAUUGACAAAACACGUAAGAAAAUCGAAGAGGAAUAUAUUGACAAAAAAGAAGAAGCGGAGCGCGUCAAUGCU